AUGAACAGUACAGAUACAAAGCAGAGUGCCGGCUACUUUAAGGAAAAGGCGACGAUCGGUUUGAGCACCUUCAGUGGCGAUGAAAUCGUGAAGUCUAUUCUGAAGACUACCAGCCACCUGCUGAAAGCACCCAAGGAAAAGUACAUGCAGAAGCUGGUGGCGGCCUCGUAUGGGCAGUAUGGGUCUGGAUUGAGAGAGGGACUUCCAAUCAAUGAGUUCAUUGCCCGAGAACUGGAGAAACGAUCUCACACUCACAACUGGAUUGUAGUGCUGAAGACGAUGGUGUCGUUUCACCGGCUGCUGUGUGAUGCCUCGGACAGCAUGGUGGAAACGAUCUGCUGCUACAGGAAUGUGUUUAAUCCCUCACACAUCAAGAACCUGGCGGACACUGCCGAUGGGGCUGGACAGGCCUAUUUUAUUACGCAGUACAUGAAGUAUCUAGAGGAGCGCUGUAUUAUGCAGAGUGCUCUGGGGAAGGGUCGGCGCAUUGAGAUUCAUGAGUUUGAGGAGUACCUGGAGACACUGAAUGCAAACUCGCUCCAGCCGGUGUUUGAAAUUCUGCUUCGACUCUUCGAGGCGGUGCCAGCAGUCGAGUACCACGAAGCUGUGGUGAACAACUUUUGCACCAUGGAGGCGUAUCAACUGCUUGUGCGGGACGGAAAGCAACUCUUUCAGCACUUGGCGAAGCGUGUCAUCUUUGUGCUCGAUGGAUUUGAGGAGUUUUUGCUGUCUGAGAAGCGGCGCUGGCUCGACCUGUACCGCAGAUAUGCCAGUGCUUUUGCUUCCGUCAAGCAGUACUUUGAUUCCAUUUUGUGUUCCUCGCGCGUUUUUCUGGAGCCGGUGCCACAGUUAAAGCCGCUACCGGAGUCCCUGCUGACUCGUUUGGAGGGCGACAUACGCGCCAGUGAAAUGGCAAAGGAGGGACCGUGCACGCUGGAGAGCCUCGGUAUCCGCAGAAGCGAAGAUUCGCGCGUUGAUACGAAGGAUGAGAAGAUUAAACCGCCGCGCCCGCCGGAGCCAGUUGCGCUAAAGCACCCGGAGACAGUCCCAGCGCGCACACCAGCUGCACCCGCCUUUUCAUUGGACGACCUUUUUGUGGCAAGCCAGGAGCCGGUGAAGUCAGUAGAACCUACUGCAUCUCCUGUCUCUUGGACACCGUCACCACCGGCGACCACAUCAUUCCAUCAUGGCUCCGAGCAGUUUCAGUGGGAAACUGGCGUGCCUCAGAACUGGGGAUUUGGCGGUCCUAUCCCGCUCCAAGCGAACGCGCUGCCGCCAGCGCCACCGCCGCCGCAUGUCUUUUCAGGUGGUGUACCACCGCCUGCUGGAGAGGGCGCGCCGUAUCCUCUGGUGCAAUCGCCGUCGAAGCAACCGCCGCCGCCGGUGCGGUUCAAGAAGCCGGCGGACCCGUUUAAGGACUUGUACGAUAGGUGCCACUUGGAAUCCAACUAG